CAGGGGCGCCAAUGGCCGCUCAGUGAAGUCCCAUCCCCGAAGUGUAAUAUUUAGGUCAUAAGAUAAACGACGUUUUGAACAAAAGCCACCGCGCUCUCCUCUCCUCUCGGCGGGUGUCUCCCGUCUUUAAGAGCCCCCGAAUGAUCCUGCUUAGUGGGACAUGUUGUCAUAAUAUUGUCAUAUUUGCGCCGUCACGUCAGGCUAACGUUGCUUCUCUCGGCUAAGCUAGCUGUCACAUCUCCACAAGCCGACACCAUUGUCGUCCCAGCGCGUCCAGGCAUCAUCAGGCCUGAGGUUGGCGUCUGAUGGAGCAGUCGUUUGUGGAGAGGCGCCAUGUUGCCUUGUCACGCCGGCCCCUGGCCCGCUUCUGAGGCCCGCGGCGGUCAUGUGCCCACCACGCAGCCCUCCCAGGCCCUCCCAGAUCUGCUGUGCAGCCGCCCGGCGCCACCGCUGAGCGUCCACCCCGAGGCGCCCUCGCCCGACCCCAUGGACUCCCUCAUCGUGGUGACUGAGUGCGAACCCAGCACGAGAGCGAGCGCAGGACGAGCGCAGGAGGAGGAGGAAGAGGAAAUGGACAGUUCGGAGACGCCGCCUUUCCCCACGCCAUCCCGCGACCUUGUGUCCCACGCGGCGGCUCGCUCGGAGGCUCUGCUGCCCGCCACGGAGGAGCAAAGAGCUCGCCUGAGCCUGUCGGACAGGAAGCUGUCGCUGCAGGAGCGCUCGCAGACGCCAACGUCGCCGUGCGGCUCGCCGGGACUCAACGGCCGCUACAUCUACCCGUCCUUGCCGUACUCGCCCAUCACGUCGCCGCACUCCUCGCCGCGCCUGCUGCGCCGCCCCACCGUGGAGUCCCACAGCGUGUCCAUCACAGACCUCCAGGACUGUGUGCAGCUCAACCAGUACAAGCUGAAGGACGAGAUCGGAAAGGGCUCCUACGGUGUGGUCAAGCUAGCGUACAACGAAGACGACAACAUGUACUAUGCCAUGAAGGUUCUGUCCAAGAAGAGGCUGAUGAGGCAGGCAGGAUUCCCACGGAGACCCCCCCCUCGCGGAGCCAAAGCUGUCCCAGAGGGCCCGCCGCAGCCCAAAGGCCCCCUGGAACGGGUCUACCAGGAGAUCGCCAUACUGAAAAAGCUGGACCAUCCUAAUGUGGUGAAACUUGUGGAGGUUUUGGAUGAUCCCAGCGAGGACCAUCUCUACAUGGUGUUUGAGCUGGUCAAGCAAGGGGCGGUGAUGGAGGUGCCUACAGACAAAGCGUUCAGCGAGGACCAGGCUCGCUUUUAUUUCCAGGACCUGCUGAGAGGAAUGGAGUAUUUACACUACCAGAGGAUCAUCCACAGAGACGUGAAGCCCUCCAACCUGCUGGUGGCAGAAGACGGUCACAUCAAGAUCGCAGACUUCGGGGUCAGUAAUCAGUUCCAGGGGGCCGACGCCCUCCUGACCAGCACUGUGGGCACACCUGCCUUCCUGGCCCCGGAGACUCUGUCAGACACCAGGAAGAACUUCUCUGGCAAGGCUCUGGAUGUGUGGGCCAUGGGUGUGACGCUCUACUGCUUCGUCUUUGGAGUGUGUCCCUUUAUGGACGAGCGCAUCCUCAGCCUGCAUCAGAAGAUCAGAACGCUGCCAGUGGAGUUGCCAGAACGUGCUGAGGUGUCAGACGACCUGAAGGACUUGUUGAUGAAGAUGUUGGACAAGAACCCUGAGAGCAGAAUAUCAAUUCCACAGAUAAAAGUGCACCCGUGGGUGACCCGGCACGGCGCCGAGCCCCUCCCCCCGGAGGACGACAACUGCUGCUCGCUCAUCGAGGUGACGGAGGAGGAAGUGGAGAACUCCGUCAAACACAUUCCCAGCCUGCCCACUGUGAUCCUGGUGAGGACCAUGUUGAGGAAGAGAUCCUUUGGGAACCCUUUUGAUUGGGCCAGGAAAGAAGGAAGCAGCGGCUCACACACGAAGCAACAGCAGCAGCAGGGUGAAGGUGCGAGGAGCGUAGAUCUUCCGUUGUUGGGAGAAGACGAGACUCUUUCCUGAUGCAGCAGGUUGGAUUUCAACUUUUGUCACUGCGCCGCCAACCCCUUUACUCUUCCAGAACUUACUGUACGUACAGUACUCACGGGGGCUCCUUGAGACUGUGGGAAGAUUCCAGAAGGACAGGCUCCUCCCCCUGGUCUAUAGUUGCAUGUUUACUGUAAGCAUGCGAGUCUCAGGCGUGGUUCUCCUUUGUGACUUUCCCACUUUCAGGUACGACAACAGCACACUUUCAUAUUAAUAAUAAUAACAAUGCUUUACUUACUUUGAGAAGAACAUCUUCAGUGCGGACUUUCUCGGCUCUUUUUUCCCCAAGGAAGAAGGUGUUUGUCAACACUCUUCUGCAAGGUGCUGGUGUGUAAAUAAUCUGCACUUGUAGUUCCAGUCCACUUCUUCUCGUGUCUGCUCAAAAAUAUCACCCCUUUUUUUCACGUGGAACAAAUCAUUUUGUAUGUGAAGAACCUGGAAGUACAUUUUGUACCAGCCUAUGCAUGACGUAUCUACAGGAUGUAUGAGAAGAUGUACACGUCUAAUCAAUUAUCAAUAAUCAAUGCUUCCGUCCGCUCAGCCUAAACUCCUCUAUGCAUUUCUACGUCAUUUCACUGCACUUUGAAGGAAUACACAAAGUACACAUUCAUGCUCGACACUUCUCUGCAAUCAUAUCUCUGUUUUCCUCACAAAAAGUGCUUUUUCCACACCUAAAAUAAUCUUUUUUUUUCUUCAUUAGUCUUUUUUUCCAUUAAAAAAACUUUUUUUCUUCCAGAAGGGGAAAAGGCAUUUUUUUCUAUAUUGAAAAUAUUAAUUUGUCUUUUUUUUCCAGAAAACAAAAUUUUUUUUGUUGUACAAAUUUAUUUUCCAGAGAAAAAAGUCAUAAUCUUACGAGAGCUGAGCAGAAAAAAAUAAUACAAUUAUAUUUAUAAUUUCUUGAUGAACAAUUAAUAUUACAAGGUAAGGUAAAAACAAUGCAUAAAUAUCAUUUAUAUUUUUUUCCUGACAUUUUUUUUUGAGAAAUGUAUAUAU